AUGCUGGAGAAAACCAUCACGGACUUUAACAUUAAUUUUGACACUUUAAAUCAAGGCAACACUUUUUCCAGUGGAGACCUGUUGACUGGUCACAUUUCCUUCAAUCUCUCCAAGGCGACAAAGAUUAGAUCGAUCUCAAUGUGUCUUGCGGGGAAGGUGGACGUCCACUGGACUUCUGGAACUAAAAAACGCAAAAGACAUUACUACGCCAAGAUUGACGUGUUCACUCUCAAAAGCAUGAUUUGGCAACAAGGAGCUGUUGGGAGCAGCGCCAGUCUUCCUCCUGGCAGGCAUGUGUAUCCAUUUACAUGUCAGAUCCCUGAAGGUGACUUCCCAUCCAGCUUUCGUGGGCCUCAUGGACAAAUAUGCUACAAACUGACAGUGGGCAUUGACAGGCCGUGGCGACUACAAAAGGAAUUUGUGACAGAGUUAAACUUUGUAAACCAUAUUGAUCCCAACCAGCCAGGGCUAAUGUCUCCACUUUUUGGCUCCAACAGCAUGAGCGUGUGCUCCCUCAGUUGUGUCUCAGGCCUCGUCACAAUGAGAGCCAACGUGGAAAAGAAAGGCUUCGUGCGUGGUGAAACCAUCAGGAUCAUUUGUGUCUUCAGCAAUGCUUCAUCUCGUACAGUGACUCCUAAAGCCAAACUGAAGCAGAAGCAGCUAUAUUUCACACGUGAGGGAGUCCAAAGGAGUGUGAAAAUUGUGAAAAACCUUGCCUCUGUAACCGAGCUUCCCAUCAGUGCUCACGCCACCGACAUACACACCGAGAUGAUGCUCACCGUUCCUGUUGACUCGCCACUCACCAUCUCCAACUGCAGCCUCCUUCGGGUUGACUACGAAAUUGAGCUCUCCCUGGAUCAAAGUGUUUGCCCAAACCUGACCAUUCUGUUUCCCAUAAUCCUUUGUGAUAUUCCUGAACGUCCACAAGGUUUAGAUUAA